CCAACGAAGGAAUAAAUAGACUGGAGUUGUCACCGUCGAGAUUAUCACUGUUGGAGAGCCGGUGUCUUAGGAUUUUACGCACAAGGAUUUUCCUGUUUGAUCUGGCGAUCAGAGCUUCGAAAUUAAUAUUGUUAUUUUUUUUAAACCCAACUAAUUAUCAAUUUUGCAAAAAACUAGAAGGCUUGCAGCAGAGAAAGCGGUUGUAGUGAGCUGUUCAGCAUCAGACUUAACUGUUAAUUAACUUUAUAAUCUCUUAGCAACCACUUUCAAAGACCAAAAAAAAAUAGCAUUAUAACUAGUGCUCAACUAAUAUCUAAAGAGAUAUCUAAAUAGUCAAAAGAAAAGAAAAGUAUUGGAGGUUUUUCAAAAGACAUUCCAUUAAAGUACGUCGGAGAGGGAUCGGGUCUUCAAAAGUCGCGAGAAGUCGCUCUACAGCAAGCCUCUCAGUCCCUCUCUCUUUCUCCUUCACUUUUGUCUGGAAAUCGGAUAGGUCACCGCAAGGACCCUGAGCUCUUAACUCACCCCUCGCCAGUCUUGUAGUCGUUGGGUGUAUCGGGCGAUGAGCCGUCGCAGACACUGAGAAUGGGCGUUCUCGCAGAUACCAGGGCGACCGACGAUACGACGCGGGCAAAUGGUACACUGAGUGGCAUGUAAAACCACCAUGAGAAAGGACGACGUCACGGAGAGUGUUGUUCUUGUUUGUCUUGGCAACCAGUGAAAAAAACUCGAGUGCAAAGGGUGAAAGAAACAGAGGACUGACUCUUCCUUCAUUAGAAUCCAGCUAGGCUAUUCCGUGUCAUUCAAAGACGAAUUGUCAUAUUGUGGAAGAAGAAACCGCUGAUUAUAAAAUCUUGUUUGGUGACCGCUUGUUUUAUGUAUUCUAAAAUAACUGAAUGCCUGUAGUCUGUGGACAAUUUUUUAAAGGAGAAAAGUGUGUGCUGUGAAUUAUAAAAUCAAAGUAUUUUCUUGAAAGAGAACUGGAUACACGUAGAUCUAAUUCUGGAUUAUUACAUUGGCGGAUUCGUCGAUGUGCAAACCCUGAGUGUAUUUUGGCUCCAAAAAUUGCGUUUUGUAAAGGACAAACCUGUGGUUAAUGACGUAACAACUACGUCUUUGCGCCAGGUAUCACAGAGUAUUGUAGGAAAUAACAGAAAUACAACGACCACGUGAUUCGAGAGGUGCAUGGGGAGGUCUGUGUGUGUGUGUGUGUGUGCAGUGUUCAGCUAUUUUCUCCUGUCUUCCCAGACCAGUCAGCAGUGAAGUGAUACAUGAUACCGUAGUUAAAUCUAUACAAGACAUCCUCAAAAUCAUAGAUUUUUAUUUAAGAGCCCUUGUUUUCAGAUUCAGAGACCUCUUGCAUUAUAUUCCUAACCUAUUUACGACAGUCAACAUCGAAAAAAUCUGGACUUGUGGACUGUUUGUGAUAAGUUAAGCAAACGAGUUCGGCCGGCAGAAACGUUAGGUUUCAAGGAUUAGUCAAUCAACGUUGGGAAGAGGACGAUCUCAAAAUGCAGCCGACCAGCGUCGCGAAUCCAGUUUCAACCGUCCCAGUUUUUCCCGAUUUCCAAGACAGCCGACUAUCUCUACCCAGCUCAAACCCAUUCGGCCAGCUUGGCACUGAAUGGCAGAGGUUCGAAUCUCCUCUCCAGUUUGCAGCGGGUUCCAAUCCUGAAGGCUUCGUGUCUUUCCGAGUUGGUCAUGGUCGCAGUGAAGCAGCACCACCUCGAAUCAGACGGCCCAUGAAUGCUUUCAUGGUGUGGGCUAAGGACGAGAGGAAAAGAUUGGCAGAUGAGCACCCUGACAUUCACAACGCAGAACUCAGCAAGAUUUUAGGCAAAAAAUGGAGAAGUCUGAGCCCGAGUCAAAAGCAGCCGUUCAUCGACGAGGCGGAGAGGAUCCGGGUUCAACACACGCAGGAUUACCCUGAUUAUAAGUACAGACCUCGACGACGUAAACACUUGAAGAAGCCGGGGAACAGUCGCUCCGAAUCAACUGCAUCGUCUGGCUCUUCCUUUUCCACAGACCAGCCAGACGAGAGCCCAAAGAAGACGCAAGGAGAUUUAUGCAAAACAUCUGUGUCAAAUCGGCCUGAAAACAUGGCUGCAGAUCCGUCUCCGAACUUGCCAGAACUGACAGGUCUGUUUCCAAGUCCUGUCACGUCAUCGCAUUGUGUAACUUCGACAAGCUGUAAGGUGGUAAAUGCACUGACCAAUUUCAUGACGACUAAUGACCGUGCUCUGUUCAACUCUUCAAGCUCCUCAAAUUUCAUGUCAGCCUCUGCUGGAAGCAAUACAGAACUCAGCCUGAGCCAAUCCAGCGUAACAUCUGUAGCGGGUAUGGCGCACUCGAAACAGUAUUUUCAGUCUAACAAUAACUACCAGUCUUGUUCCUCAUUGUUGGACAAAAUGUCUACGUUUGCAACGACAGGUUGUCAGGCAAAGAGCUCGCUUCCAAAUGCCGACCCACCGUCAAACACGACGUCUGAAGUGAAAACUGAACAGAUGACCAACCUUUCAAGCAAUACGACUUCUUUCAGCUUUGAGAAAGACAGUUAUUUCUCAGAGGACAGUGCAUCUGUGAACAUUCCACUGCUAUCCUUCUUCGACCCUCCGGCAAACUUUGAAGACAAUAAAAUAGCUAGAACUGGCCCAGGCAUUCACUCUGUUGUUACAUUUGACAACCAAAACAAUGAAAAUGGCAGUCACGAGCAAUUUAAUGAAUCACAAUUCUCGAAUUUCGAUAGGAUUAACAACGAUUUGGAGAGCUAUUUGGACAAAAGUGCGUCCUCGACCAGCUCCAAAUUGACGACAGAACGUUGGUUGUCCAACAACACUACUCAUGGUAUUUUCUCCUCGACCUCAUCCGCAACACUUUCGACGUUCGACGUGUCUAGAACUUCCCAGUCUACACCAGACAGUAAGUGCAAUUCGGUGUACCAACAAUUCCUUGCGUCCCCAGAGAUGAGCAUGGUGGAAACGCCCGACACUGCCAAAGUACUGGAGUACAGCCUUGACCUACAGGCCAAGUACAUCCAUCAUCUUAAGUCAACACAAGACGAUGGUUGUGAGGUGCAAUUCUCCGGAGAUCUUGUACCUGAAAUCAUGAGUGUACAGGUCCCUGAGCGCCACUCCUACCCCGAGCCGGCGAUGUUGUCUACGAGUUCCGCCAAAGAACAUUUCGUAAUGCGCCAAGACAGUAGGCAGACCUCAUGCAGCAGCGACAUCUCCGAUGUGUCCAGUUUCAGCGACUUCUCCGACCACGACAAACCGAGGAGACGCCCACUGUUCUUGCGGCAAGCGUCUAUUUGCGAACGCGAACAACAACCAGAGAGUCCUUUGUACUUUGACCCAACACCAGAGUUGGCAAGAGGCCAACCCCAGCCUCGCAUGCCCACUCAGCAAGUAUUCAAACCCUUGGAGACUCCUGAACUAAAACAUUUGAACACCCCGUCAAAUUUGGGCAUACCUUCAUUCCUGGAGCCGCCACAUUUCGGAAAGACAUUCGUCCCGCCAAAAAUGACGGCCACCAAUCCUAGUAGCAUACCCAGCACGAGCAGCGCUCCCUGUUUUAGUCACAACAACCACAACACAGAGCUCAGUAUCCCUACAACUUGUGGCACAAGCUCAAGCGGGGCGGUAACACCUUGCAAUAACAACAACAACACAAACGCUGACCCUCAACGAAAUAGCUCGGGGGAUGGGACGUCCUGUUGGAUGACAGCUCCCAAGGGUGUGAGUCCCACAGACAACACCCGGCCGCUAGAACCUGCAGGUGAAGCUCCCUCUCCUGUAAUAGCAAGUCCGUACCGUCACAGCACGUCUGUGUGCGAGUCCGACUCGACGUCAGAUGGAGGUCUGUCUCACACCUCCAGCACUUACGAUUUGGCACUGGAUCUGAACACCGUGCUCUUCGAGACACAGGACGAGGAGGAAAAUCUGGAGGAACAGGAGUUGCUCAUCAGAGCCAUGACAAAACAUGCAUUCUGAGUUGCACAAACGAUGUCCGUGCAACAAAAGAUUUAAUGGUCCUUGAGACGUUUAGUGCUGCUGAGGAAAGAACAGCUCAGCUGGGGUAACAGCUUUAGAACUGUCGGAAAAAGCCAAUUCAGAAUACAAACAAAAUAUAAGUCAGGUACAAUUAUUUCAAUUCCUGAACGUCGACACAGAAUUAACAUUUAACCAAGCUUUCAGAAGGACGGACUCUGAAGAAGCCACACGUUCGUUCUUGAGGGAAAAAUACGUUUUAAAAAAUACACACACAAAAACUAAACGUGUAGACGUAUACCUUAUUGAGGCUUAACAUUUUGUCUUCAACCUCAUCGCCAUUUCACUCUUAUCAGAUUUUUUGUUUGUUUACUCAUUUGUUUGUUAUGCAAUCAGCAAACAAGUUUGAUCUGUACGGUUUUAGAGUGCCUUUGUACACACACAGCUUCGAAUAUACCCUUAGCUUUUCUACAUUCUGGUAUCGGGUAGUCUUUCCGCC